CUCUUCAGCAGAAAAACGAAAAAAGGCAGAUCUCUUCUCUUAAAAGAGAAAAAAAAAAAAACUAUCCUUUACUUAAGAAAAGAAAUGGCUUUUCAAACAGUAAAAAAUAAUCCCAAAGGAAAAACUGAAAGGAAUCUGAUAAAAACUGCACUGUAAUAAUAACAAGUAGUUAUAAAACUUGCUUCCUGUCAUGCCCGGAUUCAGCUGGGGAUAAUACAGAAUUGCUCACUUGUUGGAAACAAAGAGAGACAGAGGGCAGAGACAUCCAGAUAUGUUGCAGUGUAUAUUUCUCCUAUCGGAUUCUGGAGAGGUGAUGCUAGAGAAACAGCUAACAGGGCAUCGCGUUGACAGAUCAAUAUGUGAUUGGUUUUGGGAUCAUGCUAUUUCUCAAGGUGACGCCUUCAAGCCAGUGAUUGCUUCACCAACUCACUAUCUUUUCCAAGUUGUUCGAGAGGGGAUUACCUUUUUAGCUUGCACCCAAGUUGAAAUGCCACCUUUGAUGGGCAUUGAGUUCCUCUGCCGAGUAGCGGAUGUCCUCUCAGAUUAUCUUGGUGGGCUGAAUGAAGAUGUGAUAAAAGAUAACUUUGUAAUUGUUUAUGAGGUAUUUGUAACUAUCUGCUAUGUGCUUUUUGGAAUUUUGCGGAAGGCAAUCGAAGUGGCUUGUUCUUUCAAGUGGAUGCAUUGCUAAGAUGAAUUUAUGUGAACUUUAAUUGUAGCAUUCACCUGUGUCUAGGAAAAUUAUUGUUUAAUGCACAGCAAAGUAGUCUGUUUCUUCU